AUGGCAGAGAACGAACAGGGAAUAGGUGAUUGGUCAGCCAACUAUAAUUCGUAUACCGACUGUGGCGAUGUUAAUUCCGCACAAGACAGACAGCCUAAUCCAAAUAAUCCCAUGGAGUACUGUUCAACUGUACCACCCUUGCAACAGUUAGCGGGCGGUUUGCCGCCACCACCAACGGUGAUGGUACCUGUGGGUGUUCUAAAGAGAGAGGGUUCGAAACAUCGUGCAGAAGGACAAAAAUCUGUAAUAUUCAGUGAUGGAAUAAGGCCUGGCUGUGACCUGACAGAGUUAGACACGUGUUGGGACCCAAAACCACCGUACCAUAAGCAGGGAAAUAAACGGAUUUUUGCAUCGGGGUCUGUGUUAACUGACACUGCAACGAGGAGGCAAAAUCAUCCACCUUUAGACAGUACGACCAAUAGUUAUAUACCACAUGAUCCUAAUUUAUUGCCUCCGACUGUCACGAUACACAAAGGCCAAAUUACAUACCAUCCACCUAUGGACGAAAGUGUGCUUUAUAAAACACUGAAAAACGAAUGCGAACCGUCAGUAAUGUUCGCAAUUAAUCGUAAUCUUUAUGCAUAUGUGAAAAUAACCAGUUUAAAUUGCUGCGUAAACAAGAUCUGCUGGAAUGUGACAUCGAGAGGUCUUGCUUGUAUUGGUCAGGAUGAAAUUAUUUUACUAGUUGAAGUUUUGCCAGAUGAAACACGAAUUCCAAAGGACCUUCUCACAUACAUUAAUCAAUUAUAUCUUGAAGCUAUUAAAGGUAAUACAGUGACGGAACUCGGCUUCUCAGUAUAUCAAAAUACUAACCUAUUAUUAGGUUCACGCGAGCAUGCGGGAUUUCUUUUUAUUCGUCAGACAUUGCAAUGCUUACAAAAGAUUAUUUUACCGCCUGCACCUUUCUUGAUUGGUCUGUUGGUUCACAGGUGGGAAACUCCAUGGGCUAAAAUAUUUCCAUUGAGGCUACUUUUACGUCUUGGAGCGGAAUAUCGUUAUUAUCCUUGCCCAUUAGUAUCUGUUCGUUUUCGAAAUGCGUUAUAUUUUGAGAUUGGACAUACUGUUAUGAAAGUAUUAGCAGAUUUUAGAAAUUUCGGAUAUACUUUGCCAGGAGUGAGGGGCUUAACAAUUCACCUUAAAAAUCGUACAACGGACGUUAUGUUUCCCAGAAAUCGAUACGACCAAGUCAUAAAAGGACUCCAUAAUUCGAACGAUCACGUCUUAGCUUAUGCCUCAAAUUUUAGUAUAACCGCUGAUUCACAUUUAGUUUGCAUACAAACAAAUACUGGUGACGAGAGCAGUUAUCAAACGCAAGCGAUAAACAUUCACAACAAGCCAAGAACAGUAACCGGCGCCAGUUUCAUCGUCAUCAAUGGUGCUCUAAAAUCUUCCCUGGGUCUUUCUGCCAAAUCCAGUAUUGUUGAGGACGGAUUAAUGGUAGAAAUAAUGCCAGAGAAAAUGGAAGCUUUGAAAGCUGCUCUAAAAAAUAUGCAAGAUUUUUCAAUCGGUUGUGGACGACAGGGAGCGUUGGAACCGGAUGAAGUUGUAAACAUAAAGUGGGUCGAUAAUGAUAUGCUGUUUAAUCUGAGUGUUAAAAGUCCUAUUGAUGGACAAUUAAUGGAUGGUAUACCAUCUAUUAGAGUGCAUAAUGGCAUUGAUUAUAAAGGUGCAACCCGAUUUAUACGCUGGACAGAAGUAUUUAUUAUAAAAUCAGAUGAUCACUCGAGUGCCGUGAAUGAUCCUGUAGAUAUAAAUAAACUAUCUGGCAGUAUAGCAAAAGCGACAUGUGCAGCGUUAGUUAAAUUAUUGGAUCUUCUGGCAACAGCAGGUUUAACAAAGCUCGGUGUGCGGACAACGAUUCAUCCAGAUAACGUGGGAUAUGAAGCUGGAAGUGAAGGUACAAAAUUACCGCCAAUAUAUAUGAAAAGUUUAGACAAUGAAUUGAUUCAAGUUUUACAUAAAGCUGUGCAAAGCAGUCAGGAUGCACAUACCGUGCUUGAAUUGAUAUUUUAUGUGCUUGAGGAUUAAAAGGGAUAUACAGUAUUUCAAUCGCUGAUAUCUUCAUAAUGACAUUGAAAAAAAUUUCAUUGAACUGGGAAGAUGUGCAAUUGCUUUGAACAUCGUGGUGCAGUGAUU